GUCUCUCGCCUCCUGCGGCUCACUAGUCGGCGCUUGCGCUGGGGAUUCAGCCCUGAGGUGGGCGAGCGGUCGGGAGGGGCUCCCGUGGGCGCAUGAAGGACACAAGGUUGAGGGCCUCCCCACCCGCCCUCGAGCGAGAAACAGAAGCCCCCACGAGAGGGCAGGGCCGCGGCCCCGGCCUGGAUUGUCUAAAGCCACAGGGAAAAUGGUGGAAAAUUCACCGUCGCCAUUGCCAGAAAGAGCGAUUUAUGGCUUUGUUCUUUUCCUAAGCUCCCAGUUUGGCUUCAUACUGUACCUCGUGUGGGCUUUUGUGCCUGAAUCUUGGCUAAACUCCUUAGGCUUAACCUAUUGGCCUCAAAAAUACUGGGCGGUUGCGUUGCCUGUCUACCUCCUCAUUACUAUAGUCAUCGGUUAUGUACUCUUAUUCGGAAUAAACAUGAUGAAUACCUCUCCACUCAACUCCAUUCACACAAUCACAGAUAACUAUGCUAAAAAUCAACAGCAGAAGAAAUACCAAGAAGAGGCCAUCCCAGCGUUAAGAGAUAUUCCUAUUAGUGAAGUAAACCAAAUGUUCUUUCUUGCAGGCAAAGAACUUUACACCAAAAACUGAAUUGUGUGUGGACUAACACCAAACAUUUAUUAUAAGUUUUUGACCAUAAUUUUGACCAUAAUUAUUUUGACUACCUCUCUUAUUAAUACCUGUUAUUGAAAUGUAAAAAGAUGUACAUUGAAAUUCUCUUAUUGUUUCAUUAAUACUGUAAAUGUUCUCAAAUAUUAAUUAUUAAGGGACAGAAUAAAUGAAAUAUUGCAUUACCAUA